AUGGGCUGGUUUGUGUUAUUCGCGUUCGUAGCCAGUGUUCAUGCAGGAGCUCAGCAUGGUGGCAACAGCGCAAGCCAAGGCGGUGCACACAGAGGGGGCCGAGGCGGCGGCCAGGGUUGGAGACCCGAUGAAGUCAUAAAAUACGUUCAUAAAGUCGUGCCUAUCCCGGUACCCGUGGAAGUGCCGCAUCGUGUAACCAUGCCCAAGUACUAUCCGGUGAAGAAAAUUGUACAUGUGCCCCAGCCAGUUCCGGUGCCGGUGAAAGUUCCAGUAGUUAAGAGGGUGCCGAAGUUCGUGAAGGAUAUGAAAAUGAUUGGAAUCCCUAAGCCGAGUUUCUCUCAUCACUUUGUGAAAAUCGGUAUUCCGUAUCCAGUAUUCAAACGUCACCCAGUCACAGUUUAUAAGAACAUGUCAGUGAAGAAAGUCGUGCACGUUCCCGUGCCAUUGAAAAUUCCGAAAUACGUCCCCGUGAAGAUUCACAAAAUCAUAAUGGUGCCGAGACCGUUCUCGGUCCCAGUGGAAGUCCCUAUCUACAAGAAGUUCAUUGUGAAAAAACCGGUCUACGUUCCGGUGCCGGUAUACAUCAAGAGAAAACAAGAGCAUCAUCGUGUACAGAAAGCUUGGCACUGA